AUGCCCGACCCGCCGAAAUUUCUCAACCGCCCGUGGCCACCAUCCCCAAAGAACCACAAAAUCUUCGACUCUUGGAACUCUUCUUCUACCGGGCACCAGCGCGCAGAUGGAAAAGAGCAAACCACCACAUGGAGAGAUACCCGCACCAACAAACUAGAGCGACAGUUCAAAAGCGGACAUUGCGAUGACUCGAGCGGGCCUUCAAUGGCCUUUGAUGGGACGUGUGGAUCAUCGCCAGAGGAACAGAAAGGGGGAGAAUGGAGGUGGGCUGAUGAAGAUGAGGCGAAGCGUGCAGAAUUAGGUGUUAUGGAUAUUCGAAGUUUUAUGGGAGUUAGCAAGCGCAAAGCACCUGCGCCUAAGAUUGAGAUCGAGGGAAAGAAGCGGAGAGUCGAUACCAGAGAUGCCUUUGCGCAAGUACCUGUGCCUGUGCCUGUGCCUGUUUCUUCUACAUCUUCUAUCUCGAUUUAUACUUCCAACUCGCCUACCGAUAGGUCAUCUAAGCCUGCUACCUCUGCAUAUACAUCUACAUCUACAUCUACAUCUACUUUUACAUCUACUUCUACAUCUACUUCUACAUCUACUUCGACCUCAGUUUCAACCACUGACCCCACACGCCUCCAAUCCAGAAUCCUCACUGGAACAACAAUCUACAUAAACGGCUCAACAAUGCCUCAAAUCUCAGACCACAAGCUCAAACACCUCCUCGCUUCCCAUGGCGCCCGAAUCUCCACAUUCAUGGCGCGCAAGACCGUUUCCCAUAUUAUAAUCGGACAACCGGGUUCUACGUCCGCCGGUGCAGGCGGAGGCCUAUCAGCGAGGAAAUUGCAACAGGAGAUUGAAAGGGGUGGGUGGAAGGGUAUUAAAGUGGUUGGUGUUGAUUGGGCUCUGGAGAGUAUCAAAGCGGGUAAACGGCUUGCUGAGUCGAGGUUUGCUAUCUUGAAGAUUGCGCCGGAAGGGCAGAGGAGUGUUCUGGGUAUGUUUGCGAAGUAG